AUGUCGCGACCAGAAGAAAUCUCCCCGCCCGAACUUUUCUACGGGGACACGGAAGCCGCCAAGUACACGGCCAACACCCGUAUCAAGAAUGUCCAAUCCCAAAUGACUGAUCGUGCCCUCCAACUCCUCGCUCUGCCCGAAGGCCAAUCGUCGUAUGUUCUCGAUAUCGGAUGUGGCUCAGGGUUGAGUGGAGAGCUUUUGGACGAAGAUGGACAUGUUUGGGUCGGUGUGGACAUUGCUCCAAGUAUGCUCGAGGUUGCGCUGGAACGUGAAGUCGAAGGAGACUUGUUCCUGCACGAUAUUGGACAGGGCUUUGGCUUCCGUCCAGGAACUUUUGACGGCGCCAUCAGCAUUUCUGUCAUUCAGUGGCUCCUCAACGCCGACUCGUCCUCCCACUCUCCUCCUCAGCGUCUCAACCGCUUCUUCACCACCCUCCACGCCUGUCUCCGUAAUCCCUCACGUGCCGUCUUUCAAUUCUACCCCAAUUCCGACGAUCAGGUGACCAUGAUCACCACUGCAGCCCAAAGAGCAGGUUUUGGAGGUGGUUUGGUCGUGGACUAUCCAAACUCCAGAAAAGUGAGGAAGAUGUACUUGUGUCUGAUGGUGGGACAGCAGGAGAUUCCGAAGGCGCUCGAUGGGGAUGACAUGAAUGUGGAUGAGGAGACUAUGGAGCAGAGAAGGGCGCAAGUGAAGAAUGAGGCCAAGAGACGUCGGGAAUUGAGGAGAAAGUCCAAGAAGGGCAAGAAGGAUCUCAAGGCUAAGGAGUGGGUAAUGAAGAAGAAGGAACUGUAUAGAACAAGAGGCAAAGAGGGUGUACCUACAGACUCCAAGUACACUGCUCGAAAGAGGAAGACAUACUUCUAA